AUGUCGGACGACGAGGGUCCGACUGCGACGCCUCCGCUCGCAGUGGAGUACUGCCCCGUGACGGGCAUCCCUGCGGAGUUCAACGACUUCCUCCCGAAGGACACAGACGAGUACAAGCGCUGGAAGGCGCACGGCGGCGCCACGCAGCCCGCGGACGCCGUCGAGGCCGGCGUGGCGCAGCUCUCCGUCGAGGGCGGCGAGGAGCGCAAGGCCCCCGCGGACGCCGCGGCUCCGUCCGACGAGAAGAAGGACAAGCCGAAGAAGGACAAGAAGAAGAAGUCGCACCAGGUCGUCAUCGACGUCACGCGCCGCGGCGGCAAGAAGAUGCUGACAGUCAUCAAGGGCCUCGAGCACUUCGGAAUCAAGCUGCCCGAGGCGGCCAAGCUGUUCAAGAAGAAGUUCGCGUGCGGGUGCGGCGUCUCCACCAACGCGGAGGGCAAGGAGGACGUCGAGCUGCAGGGCACCUUCCAAGAGAAGGCCGCCGAGGUCCUUCUCAAGGAGUAUAAGGACAGCGGGCUCACGCCCGAGGACAUCGUGCUCGUGAUUAGCAAGAAGAAGGUGCCCUACCUCGAGGCGAUCGCCGGGGGCGACGAGUGA